AGGCAAUUUGGAAGCCGCUGGAGGAGCGAGUUAGGUCCUGGUUGUGGGAUUUUUUCUUUUUAAAGACAGACACAAACACAGCUGUUGGGUAAAAAUGCCGCCUCCACAGAAAAUCCCAAACCUCAAACCUUUCAAGCAGAGGAAGAACUUAGCAACCAGACAACAGGAAGUUGCUGGAAUCCGGGCAAAGUUCCCAAACAAGAUCCCGGUGAUAGUGGAGCGCUACCCCAGAGAGCAGUUCUUGCCCCUGCUGGACAAAACCAAGUUCCUGGUUCCGCAGGAGCUGACCAUGACCCAGUUCCUCAGCCUCAUCCGGAGCCGCAUGGUCCUAAGGGCCACUGAAGCCUUUUACCUGCUGGUGAACAACAAGAGCCUGGUCAGCAUGAAUGUGACCAUGGCGGAGAUCUACAGGGACUACAAGGAUGAGGACGGCUUCGUGUACAUGACCUACGCCUCCCAAGAGACAUUUGGUUCCUUAGCGUUGGCAGACCCCAGUGACCUCGGGGACAGAUCUGCAGUCAUCACUAGCCCACUUCAAGAAGAAUUUGUCCUCUGAACUGUGCACCAGGUGUUGGCAGAAGGAACUGAUUUUCUUCUGCAUGUGCACUGGAGGGGCCAGAAGGGGCCAGAGAUGGAUGGGAAGAUCAGCUCCAACCAGUGACAGCCAAGCUGUGGCCCUUCCUGCUUUACCUUUUCUGCGAUCCAUGCUCUUAUAUUCCCUAAGAAAAAUAUGGGCUUUUGCUAAGUUUUAUAAAUAGCAACUCUCUUCUGAAUAAGAAAUGUUUAGCUGAUAUGAUGGUUUUGUAUGAUGAGCUGGUGAUGUGUGCCAAGUGUCAUCUG